UCUUUGUAUAAAAGACUACUUAGUACAUAUAGAAAGUCUCUCUCUUUCUCUUUCUCUCUCUCUCCCUGAAACGAGAAGAUGAAGAUCAGAGAUUCGAUUGAAGAUACAAACGAAACAGAAGAAAGUGAUACGUGUAUGAAGAAGAAGAUGAGUCCUGAAUCUUCAAUCUUUUCAACUAUUCUCGCUGAUAUUGAAGAGAAUCCAACGAUAUUGCAGAAACAGAGUAAUUUGAGCGGUGAAUUUUCAGUCUUUUCAACAAUUAUCGCUGUUGGUGAUGAAGAGAAUCCAACGAUGCCGCAGAAGAAGUUGAAGAAGAGCCGAAGAAGAGGAUCAAUGAAGAAGACCCCAAUUGACUUCUCUUGUACGGUAUCACAAACCCUAACUCAUUCAGAUUUAGUCGGCAUUCUUAAUGAAGAACUAAAGAUUCUGAGAUCUGAAAUAGAGAUCAAAGGUCAAAAAAGUGAUCAAUUUGUGUCUUGUGAUUCUGAUCACGUUAGAGAAGAAUGUGAUUGUGCGGAAGAGGGGAAAGUGGAACAACGUGAAGAAGUUAAGUUUCUUGCGGAUGAGGUUAUAGAAUGGCUCUUAAGAGAUGAGAUAGUAGAAUCCGAAAUCUCUACUGAUGCUGAAGAUUCGGUGUGCAAAGUAGAAGAUGGUAACAUUCUUGGGACUUUUGAUGGGAUGUUGUCAACUAUGCUUGGAGAUGAAGAUACAGGGCCUUGUGGUGGGAUUGAUGAGUUUAUUGAGAAGAUGUUAGAAGAGAUUGAGAAAGAUGGAAGUUACUUAGACUGGAUUAAAGAUAGUUAUGUGUUUGGAGGGUUGCUUGAGAAUCUGAUAAGAGAUAGAUUCAGAGAGAAAGCUGAGAAAGAAGAGAAGGAGAUUUCUUCUUGGAUCUCUAAUGGAGAACCUGAAGUUGAUGAAACUGGAGUUGCAGAAGAAGAGAAGGAAGAAAAAAUGGAUGUUAAGGAGACGAAGAAGAAGCUGGCUUCAAUGGUGGUCAAAAUGGAGUGGACUGAACAAGAAUCAACUGUGACAAAACGUGAUUGUUUCGGGUAUAGACGACGGUUGUAUUUGAUUGAGAAACUGACAAAACGACAUGAGGAUCUGAUGAAGAUGAGAAGGAAAGCUGUUAGAUUUGGAAUGGAGCUUUCGUUUCUUGUGGCGGAAUUUAUGUUUUUGAUACCUAAUGAGAUUCUUGCUGGUGAAACUGGAGAUUACAGUAUCUGUACAAAGCUAUUUGGGGUUAAUGAAGAUGAUAAGGGUACAAGUGUAAUCAUAGGAAAGCUCGAGGCAGUCUUUGGAAUAGUGAUCUGGAAGAAGGAGAACAAGGAACAUGAUGUGGACCUUCCUGAAUCUAUUUUUCGGUAUGAUGAUUUCAUUCGCCUUUGCGCAGAUGCAACUCGAGCCUUGGGAAAGAUUGUUUGGGCUCUGAAAUGUAAACAAUGUGAAAGACUCAAGCUUUCUGAUUUAGAUUCUCUGUUUGAAGAUUGCCAAAAAGUGUUGAUGAAGAUAGAACUGAAGCUAGCAGAGAUGAAGCAAUGGGUUUACAGAUCGGUUUCUGCGGAUUAUGAGUCGUUUUCGAAGUCAGAAAGGUCUGAUAGUUUUCUCAGAAUAAAGCUCAUGAAGAGGGUCAUAGCUGAUAACAGAUAUGGGAGAUCAGUGAUUGGAUCUUACUUAGUAGAGAUAUGGCAGUCUCUGUUUCAAGCAGAGGCAUUACAGGAGCUGUGAAUGAUUCGAAGCAUGAUUCUGGAUCUACUGUUCUUGGACCACAGAAUUUUUUUGUGCACUUUGAUUGGUACAUUUUGUGUAAAGUUUUUUUUCUCUAGAAAUCAAAACGAUGUAGGUGU